UGUAUAUAAGAUUAUCUGUUCAAUAUUUUGUUGAAUUAAUUUCUGAAAGUAAUAUGGAUAAGCUUAGGUGGGCUGGGGCUCUGUGGAAAAAUGGGAGAGCGAGAGAGGAAAAAAAGAAGGGAAAAAAAAAAGUCUUUUCUGUAGGAAUAAAAUCAUAAAAAAGUUUCAACAUCAAAGUGAGGCCAGAGUUGGACUAGGUGCUGGGACAGUCAGAAAGGGUGAAAAAGUAGGUGAAAAUACACACACAUAAUUGCACAACUUGAUAUCUAUCCCUUGACAGCAACUUCUAUGCCCAUGAUCCUUAACCCUUACCAUCCACUUGAAUUUCAUGAUGAGAGAGAGAGAGAGAGAGAGAGAGAGAGAUAAAUGGUGGUGGUGGGUAACAAAUAAUCUUGGCAAGUUGGAGGGAGAGAAAACAAGAAAAAGGUGAAUAAACCUUCCCAUCCCUAACCCUACACUCUGUAAUGUUGCCUAAACUUGCACCACAAGGUUGGGGUUAAAAAAAAACUAAAAAAGGAAAAGUGGAAGGUGAAGGAAGCCCACAUACAACCAGAACCACACUCAUAUUUCUCUCUCUUUUUAUUAUUUUAUCUUUUUUGGUUUCACUAUUUUCCCUCUUUUUCUUUCAUCAUCUUUUCUUGAACCCAACCUCUUCCCAACUCUUCUAGAAGGAAAAAUACCCUUUUGUUUCUUUUCUUUUCCUCUCUCUCUCUCUCUCUCUCUCUCUCUCUCAUGCAUGAUAGUGUAGUGUACCAAUAGAAUAAAGAACCACAACUACCUCUAUACAUGGGCACAAGAAUAACACUAGAAUAGCCAAACCACUUGAGCUUAUUUUUUCCCAAAUGCCCACCACAACUAACUUACUUAAACAACAUCAAAUUAAUCAACCCAAAACUUUUAUCUCUAUACCCAAUAUCAAGUAGUCUAAAUUUGUUUCAAUACUUAUUAACUAUCUAGAAACAAUGUUAAUUUGGGAAUGGAAAUUUAAUUAAGUUGAGAAAAUCUCACCGCCAUAUAUUAAACUAAACUUAAUUCGUAAAAAUUCUAGAUGCGACACACACACAUGAAUGGAUGGUAACUUGCUAAUCAAGAAUUUCAUUAGAUAAAGCAUAAUAUAGGCAGUCUAGUUGUAUGAGGAGCUAUAGAAGCAAGAGUGUUAGGUCACAUAAAAGAUAUAUAAUAUAAUACAUGAAGGUGGACCUUAAUUUUUAACAGAGCCCACCCUAAUUGUUGUUAGUUCCAACAUAGUAUAUAAUAUACAAGCUCAAUAUGAAUUCUGGUAUAUGCUGUCUGGUGAUGAGUUGGAGAAGAUUUUGAGAGAUAACUAAAAUGAAAAUCAGUAAAUAAAUAAAUAAUUUAUAAUAAAAAAUAAAUAAAAGAAAGGGGCAAAUAUGUACAACAAGUCUUGCCUAUACUUUAAUAUACCUUACUUUACACCUACCUGAAGGUUACCUAUAGUUAAUGUCCUUUUAACUUAUUAUAUGAUUGAUGCUAAUAUCAUCAAGAGAGAGGCCACCAGCCACUACUCUCAAACCUGUCUCACCAACUCACAUCUAGAAGCAUAAUAGCUAAGAACCUCCCUCUCUCUCUCUCUCUCUUCUCUCUCUCUCUCUAAAAGAGUCAAAAGCCUAUAUAAAACCCCAUUUCAAUUCCUCUCAAGGGCCGGUCUUAAUGUUGCAGCAAACUCCAAAAACAAAAAAUCCUCCACUUUUACCCUAACAAUCACUAAUUAAACCACAUCAAAAGAAAAACCCAUUUGCCUUGUCUAUAGUUUGAUUGAUUGGUAUAAUAAUAAUAACAAUAGUAAUAGCCUAUUACUCGAAAAAUGGGAAGGUCUCCUUGCUGUGAAAAAGCUCAUACAAACAAAGGUGCAUGGACUAAAGAAGAAGAUGAUCGCCUUAUUGCUUAUAUUAGAGCUCAUGGUGAAGGCUGCUGGCGUUCUCUUCCUAAAGCUGCUGGACUUCUUCGUUGCGGUAAAAGUUGCAGACUUCGUUGGAUUAAUUACUUAAGACCUGACCUUAAACGUGGUAAUUUCACUGAUGAAGAAGAUGAACUCAUUAUCAAACUCCAUAGCCUCCUUGGCAACAAAUGGUCUCUUAUUGCUGGACGAUUACCGGGACGAACAGAUAAUGAGAUAAAGAAUUAUUGGAAUACACAUAUAAGACGUAAGCUUUUAAACAGAGGAAUAGAUCCUGCAACUCACCGGCCAUUAAACGAGCCGGCGCAAGAAACAGUAGUUACAACCAACUCUAAAUCAGCAACAGCUACAACAAUAUCUUUUUCUAGCGUUAAACAAGAAAAAGUUGAUAGUAAUACCAAAACUACUAAUGUGAAUGCUAUUGUUUGUAAAGAAGAAGAAAACCCAAUUCAAGAAAAGUGCCCAGACUUGAAUCUUGAUCUUAAAAUCAGUCUACCUUAUCAAAACCAAGCACCUGAACAGCCAUUGAAGACUGGCGAUGGAGGUCUUUGUUUUGCUUGCAGGUUGGGGUUACAAAACAGUAAAGAUUGCAGUUGCCAUAUGGGUUUGGCUUCUAAUAUUGGUAGCAGUACUAGUGGAAGUAACAACUCUGGUUAUGAUUUCAUGGGCAUGAAAAGUGGUGUUUUGGAUUAUAGAAGCUUGGAAAUGAAAUAAGAAAAGAAAUAUUUUCUUGAUCUAGUGUUUGUAGCAGGAAAAAGAAAACCAGAAAGGGAUUGUUAUUAGAUUCAAAUUAAUCUCCCUAAUUUUUCCCUUCUUUUUUCUAUUUUUUUUUUUCUAGCUUGUAUGAUUAUUAGUUCGUUAAUAGAUAUAAAUACAGUAUAUACUGCUAAAACAAAUGAUUAUAAUUUUGAUA